UUUUUGACAUUUCUCAUGUCAAAAAGUCAGACGAUUCUAUUUUUCAAAUCAGAUGCACGAAGAUGGCGAUUUGGAGCUCACUCGCUCGUUCCGUUCAGGUUUCAGCCCAGUUUAAUUCCUUAGUGCGGAAUCCAGUGCUACUCAAUGCAGCCAAAAAUGCACUUGUACAGAACCGCACGAUGUCUGGCGGGCAUGGUCCGAAGAUGUUCACCAUCACCCCGUCACGGUUCCAGUGGCACAAGUUUAAAGAUAUGUUCCAUAUGUACGUAAUGAUUGGUGCGAUUCCCAUUCUGGCAGUCGUUUUCUACGCAAAUGUUUUCAUUGGACCAGCUCAACUGACGGAAACGCCCGAGGACUACGUACCGAAGCACUGGGAAUACUACAAGCAUCCAAUAACGCGGUUCAUCGCCCGCUAUGUUCUGGAAAACCCACAGCAGGAGUAUGAAAAAAUGCUGCAUCAUUUGUAUGAAGAAAAUGAAAAGGCGCAGAUGUUGGCUCUGGAGGCCAAGGUCCGGGCGAAGAUGGCCGAAAGACACGAUUAUCAAUCUUACUACUACCGCCCGGCCAUAGGCAAAUAUCAUCGGGUGGCGAAAGAAGCGGCCGAACAACUCGAUUCGAUUCAAGGCGAUUAAAACCGAUGAGUUUUUACGCAAUUGAUGUGUUGUAGAGAAUAGUUAUUGAAUAAAAUGAGGUUCUACACUAAAUAACAACUAAAUAA